UUCGUCCACUUUAAACUCAAGAUUAUUUUCUUAUUUAGUUGACUUGAUCUGCUAUCAUAUUGUAGCCUGGCUCAACUCCAUAACUUAUUAGUCCUUUUUUAUUUGCGAUAUUUUUAUGACAUAAGCUUUUGUCUGAAAGUCUCAUAAAUAUAUAAUUAUUAUUCGUCACUAGCGCUAGAACUACAGUUCGAUUUGCAUAAAGAAUCGGUGCACUAAUCUCAAAAAUGGAUACUGUCUUAAAGCUCCAACACCUGGCCAUGGUGAGCAUCGGACAAUACGUGUGGCAAACAGCCCCAAUUAAGUGUCACAUAAAAGAGCUAUUUACAACGAAGAAUGAAAGAAAUUGUGAAACAUCAAGAUACCUCGACUGGGUCCAUAUAAUGCGUGCGAUGUACAACAAACUGCAGCAAAAUUAUUUGCCAGCGAGACUGACUUGUGAGUUACUUUACGUGGUGAAACAAAUGGGCGAUCGAAUGUACGAAUGGUACCAUUAUGUCGAGCGAACGGACAAUUUCCUUCACGAUAAGUGCGGCCAAACGCUGGAACAUCCGGGCAAACUUUACUGGUUGCCAUCUUGCGCGAUCGACGUGCAGCGAGUCAUUUCCGAAAAUUGGAUACGAAACGUUCGCCUGGAAAACGCCUGCGCCGCCUACUUCGUGUCGAUAAUUCACGGACUCGACAACAAUCUGACUGAUGUUAUCUGGAGCUCGAUGUCCGAUGAACUGAGGAACACGUGUCGCCAAAUCCUUUCGAGUAAGGAGUCUUACGCGAGCGCCUUUUUGUACACGUCCAUCGGCAGUCCGCAGGAGUCCUUGAAAAUCGCUAGAGAACUGGGCUUUUCGACGAUCGCGGAAGAUCAGCGGUUCUUUUUGUUUGUCCGCAAGGGAUACCUCGAGCUGGUAAAAAGCGUGUGGUAUGGUUUGAGUCAUUCGACGAGGAACAGCAUUGUCGACAAAGGUUUCCGACUCGCGUUGCGGCUCUCGAGCUUCAUCUUCGAUUGUACAUUUGAGAAGAGGCGGUUUGAGGAGAUCGCUCUGUUUCUUUAUUGUCAGAUGAGCGAUCAGUGCAGGCAUAGCAUUCUGUGUAAUUCAUCGUAUAUUCAUUACAUAGCGAAAGUAUUAUACAUAAUAGCGUCAAAGCCACAUCUUGACUUACUGAUGCCGACUUUGGAAGUCACUUUGACCUAUAUUCUCGACGAUUUGGAGUACAUUUAUUCAGAUCUCGUCAUUUCUUUGACUUACGAUAUGCUUGAGGACUUCGAUUGUACUUACGUCCCUCGGGGUACUUUGGUGAAGGUUUGGCGCCGAAUACCUGAUAAAAUUAAAAGAAAAAUCCAGUUUUGUGAUGUUAUAAGAGGCCUUGUUAACGAAUGGGACUUGAUAAGUUUGAGAAUUCUUUUCAAUAUUCCUGAGUUUGACGAAGAAAAAAACGAACUAAUGAUAUGUUUAGUAAACAGUUAUCUCAAGUUAGAGUGCAGGGAAAGAUUUGACAAGUUGAAUGAAUUGGUAGAAAAUGUUUUUAUUUCUGAUUCCGAUAUAGAUGAUUUUAAACGCAGAGUUCAAGACUGCAAAACGAUAAAUAUUUUAGACAUUAACCGAGACUAUUGAAAUUCUUUUAUUUGUUAGAUAUGUAUAAAUGACGAGUGUGACUUCGUUUAGCCAUGUUAUACUAGCACAUGAGUAUUUUUUAAAUGUAAUUGAAUAUAAUAUUUUUAAGUAUUUAAUAGAAUACCGUUAAAUUAUCAUAUAUUGUUUAUUCUCAGUUGAGCAGUGAUGUUGAUUACAAUAGAGUAAAAAUUAAAAUAAGAUCUUAUUUGAUUGAAAAAUAAAUAAUAAUAAUAAUAAUGCUGAACUAGAAGACAUUAUGCCCGAAUAUCUCAAUCCUCUAAAUUCAUAGAGAUUACUAUUUUACCAAUUGAAUUUAAAAAAUAAGUUAUAUUGUAAUGUUAAGAAACAAGAAUUAAUGAAAAAUGUGUAAUAAGAAGUGUAAUAGCAUGAGAUUGUAAAUCAUAGAUUUAUCACAUCAAUUAUUCAAAUACAAAAUUUCAGCAAGUGUUAAAGUUGGACAAAAUGAUUUCAUAAAUUAUAUAUCUUCUUAACGCGAAAACGAAUAUCUAUUUGUUUUUAAGAGAAGACAGUUUUCAAUAAAAUUAGCAUAUGCUAUAAAUAUUUAUAAAUCUCAAGGUCAAAUUUUUUGAAAAGUAGUCAUCGACUUAUGUAGUCAUUUCUUUUAGUUACGAAAAUUACAUAUUUCAUUUCUCG